UGAGCCUUAAUUAAUUUGCUUUGUUUAGCCUUAAUUAUUUGGUCAUCACAAAUUAUUUGAUUCUUAUUUGCAACAAGAAAUGUCAAUUCAACGUCCGCCCAUGUUGCAAUUUCGUACCAUAAUCCACAAAUAUUGACUUGUCUACUCCAAUAUGCAGAUUGCAGCUUCCUGGUUUCGGUCCUUUACAUAUUUACAUCAUCUUCCUCUAAAAAGUUUUCAAUUUUAAAGCUUUUUCUUUGACAAUUAUGAUAACAAGAAUUAUCUGAUGGAGGAAUUAUCAUACACAAUAAUGGAGGAGAAUCAAAAUAAUCUUAUUGCAGAGAAUUCAACCUCAGAUGAGCAUUUUAAUGGCGCAUCAUCCCUUUCAAGCUUAACAUUAUUCCUGGAUCGUGUUGGAGAAGUUAUUCUCUCUCUUAAUUCAAUUGGGUUAUCUUGGGAACCUGCAGAUUCCCAAAAUGAUCAGGAUAAGACAUCAUGCAUUCGUCGUGAGAAUCAUGCUGAAAGUACUGCUUUGAUAGAAUUUUCUGAUGUUUAUGCUGCCGAGCUGGCUGAUUGGGGAUCAGUUCGUCAAUUGACUAAAUGCUGCUUCAUGCAUCAGGACUCUGAGAUGUACCUUUUUGUGGUUCAUGCUAUGCAGAGAUCAAAGACUAAGGAAUCUCUCUGGAACUUGGUGGAGUACACUUUUGGUCACAGAGAUCAGCUUGUGUGUCAAACAUUAGUGAAAAAAAUAAAGUUGUACCUCGCAAAGCAAAUUGGAAGACCAAAGAGUCUGUUGGUUUUUGUUAAUCCUAAGAGUGGUAAGGGAAAUGGUCAAAAUAUUUGGAGAACUGUAGCUCCGAUAUUUUCUCGUGCUAAAGUGAGGGCUCAGGUAACAGUUACAGAGAGGGCAGGACAUGCUUUCGAUCUAGUGUCAUCUAUGACAAACCGUCAACUAAUUUCAUAUGAUGGUAUUGUGGCUGUUGGUGGUGAUGGCUUAUUCAAUGAAAUCCUUAAUGGGCUUCUGACUUCGAGGUUCAAGACCAAAUUUCCUCCAGUUCCUCCAGAUUUUAUGGCUUCUCCAGGGGACGACCCUAGUGCUUCAGUUCUUGAUCCACGUGAAAUCAAUGCAGGUACUUAUAACCCAAAUGAAGACCAGUUCCCUCUGCUUCCAACUUCCAGACAUUCUGAAUCUCGGUCCCCAAGUUUCAGAACUCAAGAUGGCGAAUGCAGCACAGCUGUUGAAGAUGAUGUUGAAUUUUCUUUUCCCCAUGAAUGGUUCAGAUUCGGACUCAUUCCUGCGGGUUCAACUGAUGCUAUUGUGAUUUGUACAACAGGAGCAAGAGAUCCCAUAACAUCAGCUUUGCACAUUGUCCUUGGGAAAAGGAUUUGUCUUGAUAUAGCUCAAGUUGUAAAGUGGAAAGCAACCAUGAACUCAGACAUUGAACCCUCUGUACACUACACAGCCUCUUUUGUUGGCUAUGGGUUCUAUGGGGAUGUCAUCACUGAGAGCGAAAAGUAUCGCUGGAUGGGUCCAAAACGUUAUGACUUUGCAGGAACAAAAGUCUUUCUCAGACACAGGUCAUAUGAGGCUGAAAUAUCAUACUUGGAUAUCAAUUCCAAGAAAUCAGAUCCUGAUUCCAACGAUGAUAAUUUGAAUGGGGGGAGAAAGUCAUGCCAGGGCCUUAAGAGAAAAAGUGAGAAAAUAAUUUGCCGAGCUAAUUGCGAAGUCUGCAACACGCCGUUCUCCGGGAAGAUGAAAUCAAAAUGGUUGAGAUCUAGAGGACGUUUCCUUAGUGUAGGCGCUGCUGUCAUCUCUUGUCGAAAUGAAAGAGCACCUGAUGGUUUAGUGGCUGAUGCACACCUUGCAGAUGGUCUCUUGCAUCUUAUCUUAAUAAGAAACUGCUCUCAUGCAUUAUAUUUGUGGCACCUGACCAAUCUAGCUAAAAAGGGUGGAACUCCCCUUGAUUUCAAGUUUGUGGAACAUUACAAGACCCCUGCAUUCGCAUUUACAUCUUUGGGCAAAGAGGGUGUUUGGAACUUGGACGGUGAGAUCCUACGAGCACAUAAAUUGUCGGCUCAAGUUUUCCGAGGCCUUAUCAGCUUAUUCGCGAAUGGGCCUGAAGUGUGAUAGAUAACUCUUACACUGUAUAGUUGUAAUCAUAAAUUGACAAGAUUUUGUAAUGCAUCUGGCCUAAAUAUUGAACUCAUUUUUUAUGUUGAGAUGUAUCUGUAUGUUCAGUUUCUGAAUAGGCAGGGUGCUUUCAGAUUGAAGCACCAGAAAGUCCAAAGUUGAUAGCACACUAUUUCAAUUUUCCA